AUGGAAGAAUAAAAUUUUAUAGCGAAGCUGCACCAAUAGCGAAUGCUUGGGCGGGCACACAAGUGGUUCAUUGGAUUUGGAGGUCGGGGCGGUGGACCGUGAACCGACAAAAGCGACAGAGAGCGGAGAAAGGGACGUCCUCCUUCCUUGCACACCUUCCGAGUUCCGUCCCCUAUUAAACUCAUACAUUCAUUCAUUCUGAUUAGCCAAAUCCUAAUAUCUCCGUCUUCAUCAUCCGCCCCCUCCCAGCUUGCGAAUCUUACGUCUUCUUCCAAUUUUUUUUCUUUUCUUUUUUUUGGGUAUUAAUUAAAGUAUUGGUGGUUUUCUUUUGUACUGUCGAUCGCACAAGGGCCUUACCCGCUUUAUUGCGUCACGCCACGAGAGGAGAAGAGAGGAGGAAAUUGUGACGGACCUCUACAAGCCUCUCGAAAAGUUUCCCACUUGCAGGUGCCAGCAAUCACAUCUAUCUUUCGCACCAUAAAUGAUCAGCGCCCUCCUGCCCCACAGGCCGUCCCACCCGAUAAUGUGAGCGAGAUAAAGCCAGCUCCUAACCAGUGAUCAUCGGCGCUGUUUGUUCGUUCACUCCCCGGCUCUCUGGCUUUUCUCCCUCUUUGGAGCGUUCGUUAUUUUGGACGUAGGCCUGAUAUACAUAGUCCGCGGGUUAUGCGACAUGAGGGUGGGAGAAGGGAGGCGGAGAGUAGCAGCGCCUCUCCUCCCAUCGGAUUCCCUCACCAGCGCCGCUUAUUGUUAAGGCUGCUUCUACUACCGCUCCUCGCCGUCCAACUCGCAAGCCCCCCUGAGCAUAUAUGAGUAACAGCAAGUAGCGAAGACCUUAGUUAAACAAGGAAGGGAGAGCGCGCGCGCGUGCGUACGUACGUAAGAAAUAGGAGGAGGAGCGGCUAACAUAUACAUACAUACAUAUAUAUAAUUGUACGUAUGGCUCCUGCGCUUCCGACGCCGUGGCCGCACUCGAGGAACCGCCUUCCGCAGGGGUUGGGGGACAGUAGCAAAGAAAAAUAUCGGCCGCAGAGGGCGGCGUCCUUCCACGGGGCCGGGACGGCUCCGGUGGAGCGGCGCCACAUCCGGCGGCCCAGGACCCAGCCGGACCUGCUCGCUGGGAGCCCAAGGGGCCAGCCUGAGAGUCCCCACGCCAAGAAGACGACCGACCAAGGUGCUGUCGAUCGGCCGACGACGAGGAGGUUGCCGCCCAAGGUGCUGGUGAACGUGACGGUGCAGCGGAGCCUGGGGCCGGUGCACGUGAUGGCGUCGGCCGAGUGGACCGUCGCGGAACUAGUGGCGGCCGCCGUUCGCAUGUACGUGAAGGAAGGGAGGCGGCCGCUGCUGCCUGCUGCAGAGCCUUCCGCCUGCACCCUCCACUACUCCCAGUUCAGCUUGGAAUGCUUGGACCCCAAGGAGAAGCUGAUAGAGUUGGGCUCCAGGAACUUCUUCCUCUGCCCCAAGCCUCUUCCUCCUGCUAGUUCAGAUGCUCCUGCUACCACUCGUGCCUCUUCUUCUUCUUCUUCUUCUUCUUCUUCUUCUUCUUCGUGCUCCAAGGAAGCUGAGAAGGCCUCCAAGAUUGGCCUUAGUACUUGGCUUAGAUUUAUGGAUUUCUUCUCAUAAUUAAUAAACUUGUUGCGCUUAUUCCUUAACUCGUCCCCUCCCUAGCUGAAGUGCUGAACAAGCUGGCUCAGCCGCAAAGUAGCUACGAUCGAGUGCUUCAUGCUGUAGCUUUUUAGUAUUUUAAGCUGCUUGUUUGUUAUUCCACAUCCUGGACAUUAUCAAUUGUAUUGUAUAUACGUCUAUUAGGGCUC